AUGAAAGCCGAUACAAUGACUGAUACUCAACCGAGGACAUCGGAGACAUCGAGGACAACAUCGCCCAAAACCCUCGUUGACUCACUAUCCGCCGCAUUAUCGCGCCGGGAAGCCAAAUCUUCCCGUCGGAGGCUGACCGUUUUACCCCGGACAGCUGUGGAUUUCUCCUCCAACGACUUCCUGUCACUGUCAACAUCUUCCGCAUACCGAGAACGCUUUCUGGCACUUUUGAACAACACACCGCCAUCAUUCCCCCUUGCCAGCGGAGGUUCCCGGCUAUUAGACGGGAAUUCGGCCUACGCGGAAGAGCUCGAGAACUUUGUCGCGACAUUCCAUCAAGCCCCGACAGCACUUCUAUUCAAUUCCGGAUACGACGCCAAUGUUGGCGUACUAUCCAGCAUCCCCCAGCCAGGCGAUGUGAUUUUGUACGAUGAGCUCAUCCACGCCAGUGCCCACGAGGGCAUGCGUCUGUCGCGGGCCGGUCCUCGGAAGAUGUUCGCCCACAGUUCGCCGAUUGGCUUGAGGGAGGUUCUACAAUCGCAGAUAGGUGAAGACCCAGCAAUUGCGGAAGGCACUCGCAAUGUCUUCGUGCUCAUUGAGUCCAUCUACAGCAUGGACGGCGAUGUCGCUCCCAUCAAGGAGUUUAUCGCGGUUGUUGAUGAGCUGCUACCUCACGGCAAUGGAUAUUUCUACGUCGAUGAAGCGCAUGCGACUGGUGUAUUUGGACCGCGGGGUGCUGGGGUGGUUCAGGAACUUGGUGUUCAGGAUCGCAUGUUCAUCCGAGUACACACAUUCGGCAAGGCACUAGCGAGUCACGGAGCCAUGGUUCUCUGUGGACCGGAGACAAGGGAUUACCUGAUCAACUAUGCCCGGAGUUUGAUCUAUACCACCGCUCUAGGAUUCCCAUUCCUGGCAUCGAUUCGCGCAGCAUACGAGCUCCUAUCAUCUGGUGAAACUGAAUCAUUACAACGCCGACUUCAGGAGGUGAUCCGCCAUCUCCGACUACGGCUUGAUGGCCUCCACACAUAUCAAUCAGUCAUGUUUGAAGUUGACCAUUUCCCCACCUCUCCCAUUAUCUCCCUUCGCACAUCGCAGCCACGACAGCUGGCGAGCCUAUGCCAGGAGAACGGAUUCAUUGUUCGAGCGAUUAUGCCGCCGACGAUUCCCGAGGGAAAGGAGCGAGUGCGAGUUUGUUUGCAUGCAGGAAACACCGAAGCAGAAAUCGAUGGUUUGACACGGAUAAUUCAGUCGUGGCUCGAUCAAAGUCACAAAAAUGCGUCAAAAUUAUGAAAGUAUGGGGUACUUUGAUUUGCAUCUCCGUAAAGCUUGGUUGAAGAUAGACGGAUUUCCAUUGGACCUACUAGAUUUAGAUUCCCAUGUUGCACAGUCGUCAAUCCAGC